AUGUCAGUCCAAGAAGCCACUACAAUCGUACAACAUGAACCUCUCCUCAGUCGUGCAUGGAGAGACGGGAGCCUACGUUACGAGGUUGCGAUGAACCUUAUCAUUAUAGUCCUCAUCGUUGCAGCGAUCUUGCAUAUGCGUAGCCACCACAUUCCCUUAGAUGAAUACGUUGGUAGUACACUUUUGGGCACUUUCAUUCUUUGGUACGCAAUUUGCUUCCUAGGUAGCUGCGUAAUGUGGGUUUCGGCAUUCGGAUUCACGGAUGAGUCAUUAUUUAGUGAAAUUUACUUCAUCGGACGCAUGACUCACACGUUAGGUUUCUGUGUCUUCCUCUGCCUUCUCUAUUCUAUUUCUCACUUGGCCUUAUACAUUGCUCUACUUUGUUUUCUAUGGUUCGUAUCGGCCUUGUUUGCACCGUGUUGUCCUCAACUAUGGAGAGGAGAGCCAGCUUGGUGGAACUUCUUCAGGAAGCAACCACAGUCCACAGUUUCUAUUGUUUAA